CUGGGCUGCACCUCAAUGAAUGAAUUGGUGCACUGUGAGCGACCAUCAUCUAUCCACUGGAUUUCCAUUUGCUCCCGGUUUUCACCCAGAACAUAUGAAUUUGCUCAGACAGACCUUUUUGAGGAGUUGAACAGAUAGGUCGGAGAAAAUGGCACAGCGCAUGGUUUUCUUUCUGCUGUGGUUCUUUGACCGGUCAUUCGCAGGAUUUCCCAAUCAGAUUAACAUCGGGGGACUGUUCAUGCGUUCCACGGUGCAGGAGCACAGCGCGUUCAGGUUCGCUGUCCAACUCUACAACACCAAUCAAAACACCACUGAAAAGCCUUUUCAUCUCAACUACAAUGUCGACAACCUCGAGUCGUCCAACAGCUUCUCAGUCACCCAUGCAUUUUGCUCUCAGUUCUCCCGUGGGGUGUACGCCAUCUUUGGUUUCUACGACAAGAAGUCCAUGAACACCCUGACCUCCUUCUGCGGCGCUCUGCACACCUCCUUUGUCACGCCCAGUUACCCCACCGAUAAUGAGGUGCAGUUUGUCAUCCAGAUGCGGCCCGCCCUCCGGGGUGCAGUCCUCAGCCUGCUCUCCCACUACAAAUGGCAGAAGUUUGUCUACCUCUACGACACUGACCGAGGUUUCUCCAUACUGCAGGCCAUCAUGGAGGCAGCAGUAGCCAACAACUGGCAGGUGACCGCUCGCUCUGUCAGCAGCACAACCGAUGCAGCAGAGUUCAGGCGCAUCAUUGAGGAGAUGGACAGAAGGCAGGAGAAGCGUUAUGUGAUCGACUGCGAAGUUGACAGGAUCAACACUAUAUUAGAGCAGGUUGUGACCCUGGGAAAGAACAGUCGUGGUUACCACUACAUUCUGGCCAAUCUGGGCUUUUCCAACGUGAGCCUGGACAAAGUCUUCGCUGGUGGAGCCAACAUUUCAGGGUUUCAGAUAGUCAACCCUGAGAACCAGAUUGUGCAGCAGUUCAUUCAGCGCUGGGAGCGGCUAGAUGAAAGAGAAUUCCCAGAAGCUCGAAAUGCUCCUCUGAAGUACACCUCAGCACUGACCCAUGAUGCCAUCCUGGUGAUAGCAGAGGCCUUCAGGUACCUGCGGCGCCAGCGCGUGGAUGUUUCCCGCCGAGGUAGCGCGGGAGACUGUCUGGCCAAUCCUGCUGUACCUUGGAGCCAGGGCAUCGACAUUGAGAGAGCGCUAAAAACAGUCCAAGUGCAGGGUAUGACUGGGAACAUCCAAUUUGACAACUAUGGCCGCAGAACCAAUUACACCAUUGAUGUUUAUGAGAUGAAAACAGGUGGGCCAAGGAAGAUUGGGUAUUGGAACGAGUACUCGCGAUUUGUAAAUAUUAUGGAUCCGCAGGUCUCCAACGACUCCUCAGUGGAAAACCGAACCAUUGUGGUCACUACUAUUAUGGAAGCUCCUUAUGUGAUGUACAAGAAAAAUUAUAUGCAUCUGGAGGGGAAUGACAGAUAUGAAGGCUACUGCGUCGAUUUAGCAUCUGAGAUUGCCAAACAUGUUGGAAUUAAGUACAAACUGUCUAUAGUAAUGGAUGGAAAAUACGGAGCCCGAGACCCUGAGACCAAGACGUGGAACGGGAUGGUGGGUGAACUGGUCUAUGGGAGAGCAGAUAUAGCCGUUGCACCUCUCACUAUUACUCUGGUUCGAGAGGAGGUGAUAGACUUUUCCAAGCCUUUUAUGAGCUUGGGCAUCUCCAUUAUGAUAAAGAAGCCGCAAAAGUCCAAGCCUGGUGUUUUCUCCUUCCUGGACCCACUGGCCUAUGAAAUCUGGAUGUGUAUAGUGUUUGCCUAUAUUGGAGUGAGCGUGGUCCUGUUCCUGGUCAGUCGGUUCAGUCCUUAUGAGUGGAACCUUGAGGAACAGGAUGAGACCAAAGACCCCCAAACUCCCCCUGAUCCUCCUAAUGACUUUGGCAUCUUCAAUUCCCUCUGGUUCUCGCUGGGCGCCUUCAUGCAGCAGGGCUGUGACAUCUCUCCCAGGUCUCUGUCGGGCCGUAUUGUUGGUGGUGUAUGGUGGUUCUUCACCCUCAUCAUCAUCUCUUCGUAUACAGCCAACCUUGCCGCCUUUUUGACUGUGGAAAGAAUGGUCUCACCUAUAGAAAGUGCCGAAGAUCUGGCAAAGCAGACCGAGAUAGCAUACGGUACACUGGACUCAGGCUCCACUAAAGAAUUUUUUAGGCGAUCCAAAAUAGCAGUGUAUGAGAAGAUGUGGUCAUACAUGAAAUCUGCUGAGCCCUCAGUGUUUGUUAAGACCACGCCCGAUGGCGUGGCCCGGGUACGAAAAUCGAAAGGCAAGUUUGCCUUUCUCCUCGAAUCCACCAUGAACGAGUACAUCGAGCAGCGGAAGCCAUGCGACACCAUGAAAGUGGGAGGGAACCUCGACUCGAAAGGCUACGGUGUGGCGACACCCAAAGGCUCAGCAUUAAGAAAUGCUGUUAACCUGGCAGUUUUAAAACUGAAUGAGCAAGGCCUCUUGGACAAAUUGAAAAACAAAUGGUGGUACGACAAGGGAGAGUGCGGCAGCGGGGGAGGUGACUCCAAGGACAAGACAAGUGCUCUCAGCCUAAGCAAUGUGGCGGGUGUCUUCUAUAUUCUGGUUGGAGGGCUGGGGCUGGCCAUGAUGGUGGCUCUGAUAGAAUUCUGUUAUAAAUCACGACAAGAAACCAAACGGCUGAAAUUGGCCAAGAAUGCCCAGAAUUUUAAGCCGGCUCCCCCGACCAACACCCAGAACUUUGCCACAUACAGAGAAGGCUACAACGUUUACGGAACCGAGAGUGUUAAGAUCUAGAGAUUUACGAAAUAUUUCCACUGUCCUCUACAACUGUGACUAAACAUCUAAAAAAAGGCACAGGAUCACGGGGAUUGUGCUUCAAGUCAAAUCCUCUUGGGCGGACACGGCACGAUAAUCUGCAAUGAUGACACGACUGGACUGGUCAUGGGAAGAGCCGAUGAGGUUCCCUCCUCUCAGUGCCUUAUGGAACUCUGAGUCCAACCAAUGCAACUCAUUCACAAUGAUAUUGCUUUUUGCUUGAAACUCAUACAAAACAGAAGAAUGGUGCAGUAAUGAAAAAGAAUAUAUGUAUAUAUAAGAUGUAUAUCCGUAUAUGCAUUUAUAUAUAUGUAUAUUUAACAUGAAUGAGAGAACUAAAGCCAUCAUUUGCAACCCUAAGCACAUUUUGAAGUGCCAGAAACACGACAAAUCUAAUUGGUUUCUUGUUAUCAAUGUGAUCAGAUUGCUCUUCAUCCUGCUGCCAGAUUUUCACUGGUUCUCUGUGUUCAAAUUAUUUUAUUAGAUCUUCUCAGUGCACUGUAAGACACUGGUUAUUAAAUAAUAGCUUUUAUACUGCUGUGAGUCACUUCUAAUGACCAUGUACUUGUUGUAAAAGAUAAAUUGAUCUCGUUGGAGUGAAACAUCAUUCAGCCCAAAACAAAGAUGCGAGUUGUUUGUACUCUGAACUCUGGUGCUUCUGCCGCUGUCUUCUGAAAGUUUGUUGGGACUCAUGAAGAUGAGAACAUGACCCGAUUUGGCUCUCACACACUCCAGAACCAGGUCAUGUUUCACACUUCCAAUACUGCCAAGAGUGUGUAAUGUAUGACAAGGAGUGUGUGAAGCCCCUCCAAGGAAAAUGUGUUUGUGAAAAGUAUUAAGGGAGGUUUGAUGCUCAGAGGAGUCUUUCCUUCAACUUUAGAGUCACCCGUCAAAGAAAACCAAACAAAAAGGGUCUGUUAAUUGUAGAAUAACUGCAAUCCAACUAAAGGAUAACAGUAAUGGCUUUUUAACUGUAGUUUUUCGAAUUAUCUUAAUGUUUUCUUUAACAGUUGCACAUUUUCCAAUGAGUUGUGGUUCGCAUUUAAUUUAAUUUCUUUAAUGAAAAUUACAGUGUUUGGUGACUUCACUUAGUAAAUAAAAAUGAUAAAUAUAUGAAUACAACUGAAAAUAGAUUUAUACAGGUUAUACUGGGGCGAGUCCAGAAGCUUAGCACAUUUCCAUAUUGCUGUGACCAUUUAUUUUCUUUCAUAAAGACUGUGAUUCCAUAGGAUUUAGGAAGAUACUUAUCUAAUCACCUGAAACUAUGGACAGCUAGUUUUAUAUAAUGUAAUAAAGUGAUAAUGUGAAGAUAAAGACAGCAGAGUGAGAAGGAUGUGUAUAUUUAGAUAAAUGAGAAUAAUUUAUAUGACACAAUGACAGAUUUGUUUUUCCCUUCUUCUGCUGUUUUGGUUAUUUUUUUUCUAAGAAACUGCAUGUGAAAUCAGUGACGCUUGACAAGCUCUGCUACUCACAAACUGUCCUUCAGGUGUUAGAAAUCCUGACCUGAUAAUUCUUUUUUCAAUCAGUUUCACCUUUUUUUUUAAAGUACAUCUCACCUUCUGCAGAAACAGAAAAAAAAUGCCAGCCAUAGUAGUGGGUACAAAAGAGCAAAAGAUGCAUGCGUAAUUUACUGAACCUCAUCAUAGGGUCGAUGUACAGAGAAUUUUAAUACAUUUUGUAAAUAAAAUGUACAGAAAGAA